CUUCAAAAAAAAAAUGUUAAUACAUUUGCAUGUAUUUUCCUCCUUUCCUAUAUAUUUUUAAAAUCAGAAAUUACAAAUUUUAGCGCGCUUAAACAAAAAAUUUGAAAACCCGCCAAAACUUUUAAUUUGAUUGAAGAUCCGCAUGAACACACUAAAAUGAAUCUACACCGUCCAUUAAGAAUAAAUCAACGCUCAAGAUUCAUCCUCUUCAUUUCACCACUACUAUAAAUACCAAACUCAAAUCCCACACUUUCCACAACAAACUCCAUUUUCUCUUCCAAUUUUCCCGAGAAACAAACAACUCAACUUCAUCCCCUCAAUGGCUCGUACCAAGCAAACAGCAAGAAAAUCCACCGGAGGAAAGGCUCCAAGGAAGCAACUGGCAACCAAGGCGGCAAGAAAGUCUGCUCCAGCCACCGGAGGAGUGAAAAAGCCACAUCGAUUCAGGCCAGGAACCGUUGCAUUGAGAGAGAUCAGAAAGUACCAGAAGAGUACUGAGCUUUUGAUCCGAAAGCUUCCGUUCCAGAGAUUGGUGAGAGAAAUCGCUCAGGAUUUCAAGACCGAUCUUCGAUUCCAAUCCAGCGCUGUGUCUGCUCUUCAAGAGGCUGCGGAGGCUUACUUGGUCGGUGUGUUUGAAGAUACUAAUCUCUGUGCGAUCCACGCUAAGAGAGUUACAAUCAUGCCAAAGGAUAUUCAGUUGGCUCGUAGGAUUAGAGGUGAGAGAGCUUAGGGUUUUGCAUUUCUCUUCUGUAAUUGCUUUUAGAUCAUUGUUUUUUUUUGUUGUUGUUGAAUCCAAUGGAUGAUUAUUAGAUUAGUUUAGCUCAUGUUGUUAAUUAUUAUUACUGUUUUAUCUAAUUAAUGAAGUAUUAGUAAUUGGAUUAAUCUUGUUCUAAGGUUGAAUUAAUGUAUCUUUCUUUUUAUAUAAAAUAAGCUUAAUUCACUAAUCCUAAAC